AUGGUUACUCAUGAUAUUCUACAAAUUUUUGAUAAAAUUAAAAAAAUCUAACUGAAGACCUAUAAAAAAUAUUAUUUUAUUUAGAAAAAAUACAAGCUAAAAUUUAAAUAGGUUUUAUCGAGAAAGAGCCUAAGUUUUAAAUUAUAUUUAGUUUCUUUAUUAAUAAAAUCUUCACAAAUAAUUGAAUAUUUCUUUCAAAAAAUAAUAAUUAAAAAUAAACAAAUAAUUUAAAUAUUAAAAAAAAGAAAAGUAAAUCAAAAAUUUUAUUUUACAUCAGUUAACAAGUUUUUUAAAAUUGUAAAAAGUGUUUCUCUUAAACAUAAAUCCUAGUUUUUUAACAUACGGAAGAGAAAUAAUAGCUUAAAAAGGCAUGAAAUAGGUUUGCUAAAAUAAUUAAGCAUAUAAAACUGA